CCAUUGAGGAGGACCAGUGCGUGAACAUUCAGCCCAGAAGCUCAGAUGAGUUGAACCACGGAGAACAGGUGAGUGAAGUGUCAGUGGUCCUGCCGUGUGAAUACAGAGACGUAGACGACAGCUGUUCCCUGAGGAUGGAGGGGAACAGGUCUGUGAAGCAGGAGACUAGAAGUGUUGCCUCCUAUAGCGAGGAAGAGAAGAAGCUGUUGGCUGCCAUGGUGUUUGAGAAGGGGGAACUGGAGCUGACUGGCUCUCUGGUGACUGAGGUGACUGAGGAUCUACAGUACAGUGAUGCAGACACUGCACCCAACAGGGAGGAAAGGGCUCUGUACCUAGAGGAGGAGAAAGGAGAUGAGAGACAGGCAGAUGAAGGGACUGCCCAGCAGAGAGGAGCGGCAGGCUAAUGCUGAGUGGGAACCCUCAGUGGAGCCGGAGGUGACUUUAGAUUCUGUGUGUGAGUGAGUGAGAGACGGCGCGUGAGCGGGCCUACACUCCACGCCGACACAAGAAGCUGUGUGUGUGAUGGCCAGCCCUGAGGAGCCUGUUGGGUUUGACAAACUCUGCAUGCGGUUCCACGACCUCGACAGUUAUGAGGAGCACGUCCGUCGAGAGCACUCCAAACGUUCACGGCCUCUCUGUCCUGACUGUGGCAUCCUCAUCUCAACGUUACUCAGUGUGGGGCAUCAGUGUGAACAAGUUCAAGCUGUUCCGCUGUUCUGUCUGUGGGAAGCGCUGUGUGGAUGAAGCUGGCCUUAAGCAUCACCAGAGGCUUCACCAUCAAGAGCAUGUCUACUGUAAGUUCUGCCUCAAGCCAUUCAAGGCCAGGGAAGACAAGCGGACCCACGAGAAGGAUGACAAUCGGGUCAAAAAGUUGCACUAUAGGUGCUCCAAAUGCCCCUUGGGAUUUUACAACAUCUUGAAACGGAACCACCAUCUCAGAGAGCAUGAGUCCAAGAGACAUUUGUAACACGUGCUACAAGGAAUUUCCCCAACUUAGCAAGCUUGAGAGGCACGAGCUGAGCUACAGUGACAACAAAUCUUUCAGGUGUCAGGUGUGCCAGCGUCCCUUUGCCCAGGCCAGCCAGCUGAAGUCUUACCUGCACGUCCACACUGGGGUGAAGCCCUUCAAAUGCCAGUGCUGCGUCAAGAGCUUUAACCACAACGUCAGCCUCAAGAACCUCGUCACACGCUAUCACCAAGGGGAGAGUGGGGAGGGAGUGGAGGUGGGAGAGCGGAGGAGCAGGCGACAGUGGAACUAUGACCCUGAGGAGGAGGAGGAGCGUCAGAAUGAGAGUGAUUCUGACUUUGACCUGGAGGAAGAGGAGAAGACAGGGAGUAAAGGGAAAGGUAGUGGAGGAGGGGGGCACUGGUAGAAGCCUCUAGGAGAGAUACAUGUGGACACUGCUGUUGAAAAGCUGGAUACAUUAUCAUCACCACCCCAGAGAGAACCAGACCAGAACCAGGAGCCGCCUACCGGUGUCAUUAAAAAAAGUCUUAUCGGUUUUGUCAUGACCAUAAUGUUUUGUCAUGACCAUAAUGUUUUGGCUUUGAACAUUUCUUAGAACUCUUGAGGCUUUUGUUUUUGGUUUAAAAAUAUAUAUUGUUAAAGAAAUGUGUUUCACUGUUCUACAUCAUCAAAUGUCCAAGAAAAAUCUGAUGGGUUUGUGAAGUGAAUAUGUUACAAAGAAUUUGCUGGACCAGCCCACUAGUUAAGAAGCACAGAGAUAACCUCAUCUUGGAUAUAACCAGCGAGGAAGCAAGAGGCUUGACUCCGCUCUAAAGUCUGUCAGUGCAAAAAUACAGUGUUAACCCGUGGAAUUGGGGAUUUUUUUUUAAUGGAGGUCAAUGAAAGAAUGUC